AUGCAAGGAACAAGAAAUAUACAUGUAGAAAGAAUAGAGAAAUUCCUAAGUGAUACAUACUUUACAGAUGUAAAUCUUAGAGGAAAGAUUUAUCCUGUCAUUGACAAGAAUGCUUGUAAUCUAAAGGUAUCUGAAAAAUGUGAUAGAAUCACUUUUGAUGAAUCACAAUCAUUAAAAUAUGAAAGUUGUAAAGUAGGAAAAGUAUUUGGACCAAGUUGGAGUAGUUUUUGGUUUCAAGUAUCGAUUGAUGUACCACAGUCAAUGAAGGGAGAGGAAGUACACUUUUUGUGGAACUCUAGCUCAGAGGCAUUGAUUUGGCGUGACGGUGCUCCUAUUCAGGGCCUGACCGGUGGCACUUGGGUGGACAAGCGUAUCGAAUACAAAUUGUUUGAUGUGGCCGAGGGAGGUGAGCAUGUCGAGUUGGUCAUUGAGAUGGCGUGCAAUGGGAUGUUUGGUGUUGGCAGGGACGGGUUGAUCAAUGCUUGCGACCCCACCAAGACAUUCACAUUGGUGCAAUGCGAGAUUGGUGUGUUUGAUCGUGACGCAUACACACUCUUUACCUAUUUGACAAUGUUGCAUGAUGUUGCCAAGAAUAAUACGUCCAACACAUAUAAUCCUCAACCGACCAACACUAAUCCUUCGAUGACCGAGUUUACGCAGCGCGCCAACCAAGCACUGCGACUUGCCAACGACCUCAUCAACCAGGUCGAUGUGGACGACCGUACUACUUUCAAGCCGGCGAUCGAGCGUGCACAAAAGGAGUUCUUUGAGCAAGCCAACGGCGACGGGUGCCAUGGGGUGUCGGCAAUAGGACACUGUCACAUUGACGUGGCGUGGUUGUGGCCAUACGCAGAGACCAAGCGCAAGUGUGCACGUUCGUUUGCGACACAGCUGCUCUACAUGGACUAUUAUCGCGACUACAAGUUUGUGCAGUCACAAGCACAGCUCUACUCGUGGACCAAGCAGCUCUAUCCACAGCUGUAUGCACGUAUGCUGGUGAUGGCAUCCAAGGGGCAGUGGGUGACUACAGGUGGCACAUGGGUCGAGAUGGACGGCAACCUUCCGGGCGGCGAGAGCUUUGUGCGUCAGUUCUUGCACGGUCAGCGAUUCUUCAAGUCUGAGUUUGGACAGUACUGCACCGAGUUUUGGUUGCCCGACACAUUUGGCUAUUCAGGCCAGCUGCCACAGGUCGUACGCCACGCAGGCAUCUCCAACUUUAUCACGCAGAAGUUGUCGUGGAACAAUAUCAACAAGUUCCCACACUCGACGUUUAUCUGGGAGGGUAUUGACGGUAGUCGCGUGCUCACUCACUUCCCACCAGCCAACACGUACAACUCGGCUGCCGAUGUCAAGGAAGUGCAAAUGUGCGAGUCAAAUCACAAGAACAACGAUGUUUCCAACAAUAGUUUGAUGAUCUAUGGUCAUGGAGAUGGUGGUGGUGGACCCAACAUUGAGAUGAUUGAGCGAUUGUCACGCCUUUCUGACACGAAUGGUAUCCCACAGGUAAAGUUGCAAUCGCCCGCCGAAUUUUUCAAAGUCAUUGAAAAGGACAAGGACAGACUACCCGUAUGGAUUGGCGAGUUGUACUUUGAACUGCAUCGUGGUACCUACACAACACAGGCCAACUGUAAAAAGGGUAAUAGAAAGUGUGAGCAGUUGUUGCAUGACGUCGAAGCGUUGUCGACUAUCCUCGACCUACACAAGGUUGAAGGGUUCCAAUACCCACGUCUCAAAGAGCUCUGGGAACUGCUACUUCUCAACCAGUUCCACGAUGUCCUCCCAGGUUCUUCGAUCGGCAUGGUCUACAAGGACGCCGCCGAACACCACGGACACAUCCAACAACAAGUAUACGACAUUAUUAAAAAGACAAUGGCACAUUUGGUAGGAGGCAAUGUUAGUGGUGAACACCAAGAACACUCAGUUGCUGGUGACGACGAUGCAUUUGACUUGGUCGUAUUCAAUCCCUCACCAUUUGAUUGUGAGAAGAUUAUCGAGUUACCAGACCACUUUGAAUCACCACAAAAGUCAAUCAAUGGACACCCAUUGGCAGCCAUCAAAGUGCCAAGCUAUGGAUUUGUACGUGUCAACCAAGCCACCUUUUCAAAGUCAAUGGAGAACAUUGCCUUUGCACGUGUCAAUGGAGAUGGAUCGGUUGCACUCGAGAACCCAUUCCUCCAAGUACUUGUUACCAAGGAGGGUGCCAUCUCUUCGAUUGUCGAUCGUCGUGUUAAUCGUCAAGUCAUCGAUGCCAAUGAAAAGGUGCUCGGUGGUAUAGGCAACCGUUUCGUUUUGUAUGAUGAUCAAUGCCUCUUUUGGGAUGCAUGGGAUGUAGAGAUUUACAGCCAGAACAAGUACAAAGUGUUGGGUGGUGCAGAGGGUGGUGCAAAAAUCAUCGAGAAUGGACCAUACCGCGUGGCCAUUGAAUUUAGCUACCCACAACUCACCAGCAAAUCGAGUAUCAAGCAGAUCAUCUACCUCUCCAACAACAGUCCACGUAUUGAUUUUGAGACAGUGGUCGAGUGGCACGAGAAUAGAAAGAUGUUAAAGGUCGAGUUCCCAACGACCAUCCGUGCAAUGAACUGCAAGUACGAUAUCCAAUUUGGACAUGUCGAGCGUCCAACACACAAAAAUACAACAUGGGAUGUCGCCAAGUUUGAAGUGUGUGGACAUAAAUGGGCCGAUCUCUCCGAGUAUGGAUACGGUGUCGCUCUGCUCAACGACUGCAAGUACGGUUACUCUGUCAGCGGUGGUGUCAUGCGUCUCUCGCUUUUGCGUUCGGCCAAGUCACCCGAUGACGAGGCUGAUAUGGGUACACACCGCUUCACCUACUCGCUGUUGCCUCACACUGGUGAUCUCCAGCAAAGUGGUGUCAUUACCGAGGGGUAUGCCCUCAACACCCAGUUCCACACUGUACAGGUUCCAAGCACACCCGUUUCACUCCAAGAGCUGCCAUUCAACCUCCCAACACUCCAAUCGUUUGUUAGAGUCAAUUGCGCCAUUAGCAAUAGUCUUGCAUCGACCACCUCACCCACUCUUCCACCCUCACCAACUCUUCUUCAACCACCACCCCUACUCACAUCAUCAGUCAUUAUCGAGACACUCAAGAAAUGCGAGGAGGGUGAUGGUUACAUUAUCCGUGUCUACGAGUCAUUUGGUGGAAAGACAAACUAUUCAUUCAACUUUUGUCCAUCUGCCAACAUUUCCACCAUUGUCCCAGUCAAUGGUUUGGAGGAGGAAUUAAAGGAUGAAAGAUCCUACAAACCAGGUGAAUCAAUUCCAAUUAAUCCAUUCCAAAUCCAAUCUUUUAAAUUGGUUUAA